AUGAAGUAUUAUAAGUUUUUCUUAUUUUGAUGUUAUUCUUUCUCUAUUUGUCGAUUCAAGCACCCUAUGUAGAUUCAAGGGUUGAAGUUACCAAUUCACUUGGUUCAGAUCUUGCUUUCUUUACCUAAGUUUGUGCUUUGUGAACUCAAGACUGAAUGCUAUUAACUCUUACGUUUGGUUAACUUUGUUAUUGGUAUCAUUUAGGGUUGGUUUCACUACAUAUUAAGUUAUGAGAUCCGUCUCAGUUUAUGGUAUUAGAUCAGACUGGUUCCCAUCUCUUGAAACCUUUUCUUGGGUAAACUUGAUUGUCAAACUCCGCCAAUGUGGAUGAUCCUACAUGUUGCCAUUAGAUUUGUCUCCUACAUCUACAUCAAUCCCUUCACAAGUAACACUAGGUUUUCUGGAGGUUAUUUUAAUUUUACGAGGAUCACUAAAAGAUACUCUUUUAUCUUUAUCUCUAGUAUUAAGGAGAUCAUCAACUAUCAUAUUUAGGGCAGGUUGCCAUUUAACAUGAGAGUCUCUUGCCACUGUGCUCAAGGUUACCUUUCAAAAAGCAUGAGAGCACUUGUUUUUUAUCAUGUUCAGCUUCAUCAAUCACCAAGCAUUAGAUCAUGAAACACAUGUUGCAAACAAGUGUGCUCAAUAUGUUUGUUGUGAAGUAUGGUGUGUCUUGUUGCUAUCCACUAGUAGAACCUUGUGGCUUGCUGAAAUUCACUAGACAAGAAAAAAUUAAUAAGGGAAAGAUAAGAUAGAUUAAUACUUUUCAUCUAAUGCCUUCAUCUAUAUUCCUAUCCACCAUCUACAAAUAAAUUUAAUAGGAGGUGAAUCUACAUCUUCUAAUUUGAACCUACAAAUGACAUCCACAAAAUAGAUAGAGCACAAUUUUACAACAUGGGCUGUGACAACUAAACUAUAUAUUGGAUCUUGAGACAAAAUUGAAUAUAUUUGCAGUUUUACCUAAUUAAUUAAAUAUUACAAAUCCAAAGUAUAAAGUUUGAUUUCAUAAAAAUAACAGUCAUGUUAUGGAUUUUGAAUUUGAUAAGGCCUUAAAUUCUUUACAUUAUUUUGUACAAACAUAUAGCUAAUGAUACAUGGAAAAUGCUAGAAGAAAUAUAUGACCAUCAACUAGUCAUUGUGAGAUGCUAUCAACGAAGCCAGAACAUGAACUCAAAUAGGGAUAGUAACUAUCAUAAAUUAUUGGACAACAUUAAAAAGUUGAUUGAUCAAAAAUUGUUGUUAUUAAGAUCAUCAAUCUUACAUUUAUAAACUGA